AUGGGUGAAGAUGGUAAGAAUAUUAGCGACGACAUGUCAAGUCUUUUACAUGCAGCUGAAGAAUGGGCAAAUGAACGAUUAAUUAGCACGAAUUCAUCAGUUGAUUUGGAUAGUUCAAUUUCCUAUCCUGUUUAUGUACCAGUUGAAGAAGUUGCUCGAGAAGUUGUAUUAGAGCUAUGCAAAACUUACAAUUGGAAUCCUGAAACCGGAGCUGAUAAUCGACUUCCAAAACGAAAUGCCGGUGACGCAACAAAACCAGAAGUACCAAUUUCACGUAAUAUUUCCCAGGAUAUUAUCGUUUCAGGAUCUCCUUUUUCAAGCGGAAGCAAUUCCAUUACAACUUCUAAGGUUCUUCCAUCAACAAAACAUGUCAAAUAUCAUCAACUGGAGAUUUUGCCUGAUACAAUCCAACAAUUGGCUACAACAACACACGAAGAUAUUGUAAAUGAGACAUUUACCGUGACAAGAAAUACUUCACUUGAUAAAUCGAAACAAUCGGUUGCUCCUAAUCAGAGAAUUUAUGAUAAUGGUAUCAUAAAUAAAACAAUUACCGUAAGGACGAAUACUUCGCAUAUUACGCCAGCACAAUUGGAUACACCUGAUCAGGUAAUUCAUGAUAAUAAUACCAUAAAUAAAACGUAUGUCGUGAGAAAAAAUAUUUCGCGCAAUAUGCCGGCACAAUUGGACGCACCUGAUCAGGUAAUUCAUGGUAAUUCGAUGCAGAAGUUUACUGCUCCCGAACGAGUAACCAUAUUUCCUGUCAUAGAUAUUAUUUCUUCAUUGGAUGAAGGUACCUCUUGCGCUGCACAAAAUGCUGGAAAGAACACUUGCAUUUCAUCGAAUGGUAACUAUCCCGAUAUACUACACAAAGAUAGAGUACUAAAUUCAGAAGAACAUCCUGAAAAUGUGGAGCAAAAAUUGCAUUCUAGUACUCCUGCAAAGUUAACUGUAAAUCCUGCUCUGGAUACUGUACUUUCCUCUAGAACUAUCAAUAAUCGGCAAAUUCCCGAGAACAACCUCGGCAGCAAUAUUCCUCAUAUGAAAUCCCCAAAAGAAAAACAAAUAUCGGAAACCCUCGCUAUAGCAAAUUCGGGACCAGACAGUAUCAGUUCCCGAAACAAUGUUAUUAUUACUCAUAGAAGCGGAAAUAUUGUUAAUUCAUGUUGCGCAGCAGAUAACGGUAGCACUACUGUUUCAUUACCAAACGAAACUAUUGUUAAAACAAACAUUCCGAAGACUAACGAAAUUAUCCGAUCAUCUUUUCCGGAAGCUUCAGUGAAUGAUAGAAAUAUGAGAGGAAAUAUGACGACGAACUUACCUCAAAACAUGUCAACUCCGAACACCGUUAUUAAUAAUACUACGGCACAGCACUUUUCAUAUCCCGACAAAAAAGAGGAAAAUUCGCUAUUCUUUAACACAAUGCUUGUAAAUGCAUCUCGAAGUGAUACACCUUAUCGUACAUUAUCCGAAGAAAAUCGAGCUUUAAUCAUUGAAUUAAAUGAGAAAUUAAGCCGUUUACAAAUUACUAGCAGUCCAUCACAAUCUAUAAUUCGAAAAUCUGGAAAUCAUCAUUUGAUUUCAUCCAUGAGAACGAAGCAUCCGGAAAAAUAUCCUUUGUCAGUAACAGGAAAUCCAAAUCCUACAAUUGAAGACACAAUGGUAAUAUUGCCAAAAAUCAAUAACAAUGCGCAAACUGAAUCCAAUACACAUCAGACUGGUAGCAAGAAUUAUGCAAAUUUGGGAAAUAAUAUAGACGUAAUUAUCAACAGUGAAAAUAUGGAUCAAGCAAUCAAUAUGAUUGAUGGACACUUUAUUGCUAACAAUCAAACGCAAAUUAUUCCAAAUCACGUGGAAGAUCGUUGUAACAAAGGUCAAGAAUUUCAAAUGUAUGUACCCUAUUUUUCUGUUUGCUUAUUUUACGUUAAAACACGGUUAUGUCUACGUGUAAAAGCCACUUGA